AGUGGAGAAGUGUGUGCCCGGAUGUGGACGUGGCACAGCGCUGCAGCAGUUCCGCUGAAUGUCCGCUUACCGAGAAGAAGGGAUUAUAGUGGGGAAACAGUUCGGUAGUACACCGCCCGUUUUUACAGUCUGCCCCAAACAGAGGAUAGCGUAUUAUUCGUAACACUUCGGAGAUUUAGGGAUGAACUGAGGAUGAAUGUAAACCAGCACACUCCCUUGGCCCCACCAUAUGGCCAACCCCAGCCUGCAUACAGCCAGUCCAGCUACGCUCCUAUAGAUGGAGGAUAUCACGCCCCGUAUGCACCCUACAAUGGACCUGCAUCAGGCUACCACCCUGGGCCGCUGCCUCAAGGUUAUUCUCCUUUAACAAGCUUUCCCUCUAAGGCUUUGUCAGCCAACCCAGUCUCUGACCUGUCUUCUCCUCUCGACUUGGGUCCUGCAAGGGGGCCUCCCACCUCUGUACCUCCUCCAGUCUCAGCAACUCAACCCUAUACUCAAUACAGUCACACUCAGGGGAGCAUCCAGAAUGGACCCCCAACUAUGACACAGGCACCACCCAGGCCUGCUGUGUCUCAGCCGUACAGCCAGGGGGCUGUAAGUCUGUCAGGUCUACAACCUACCUAUCCACAGCACUACGGGCCUCCACCCACAAUGCAGCAGGUCGCCAAUCAAAUGACUGGGAUGCAGAUAAGCCCUGGACCACCCACUCCUACAGGACCAGGAUAUGCUCCACCUCACAGCUCGCAGCCUCCAGUCAGUACCUCCUACUCAACUGCCGGUCAACCUCCUUACACCCAGGCCCCUCAUCCUAUGUCCUCUGCUCAGAGUGGCCCUGCAUCGUCUCAGCAAUACUACGGAGGUCCUCCACCUUCACACCAGCCUUUGAGCUCAUCUCUUGCCCACACCUCCCAGCAGCAGUUCACCUCCUCUGCACCACCUCCUUCGUCUCAGCAAUCUUAUCCGCUGUCCUCCUACUCUGGUUCUGUGCCUCCACCCAGCCAGGUUAUAGCGCCUCCUGUGUCCCAGCCACAGCAAACAUUCCCACCUUCCCUGCCCCCCUUCUCCACAGCGCCUGCACCUGUUAGCCAGCCUGCCUUCAUCUCUGGCCCACCUCCCCCUGCCCAGGGUGUCUUCCCACCCAGAGCUCCCCCUCCCACCUCUCAGCCUGGGAUGUUUCCUCCUGCUGGACCUCUUUCCACUUCUGCACCUUCGAGCCAAUACCCAGGUUCAAUGCCAGCCCAAACCCAACCUCCUCCGCUGCAGCCCUCUUCCUACCACUCAGGUCCUCAUCCUCCCAGAGCUCAGAUGCCUCCGACAUCAAUGUCCCAGUCUAAUCACCUGCCUCCAGGACCACAGGGCCCACCAGGCCCUCCUGGGCCUCUGCAACAGUCUCCAUCUCAGCCUGGAAUGCCAGGAGGCUACCCCCCACAGCAGAACGGUGCAUUUGGUCAGGUGAGAGGGCCUCAAGCUGGCUAUGCAGGUUCUUAUCCUGGUCAGUCUAACUAUGGAACCCCUGCAUCCGCUCCAGCUCCCCCUACACAGAAAAGACUCGACCCAGAUGCCAUCCCCAGCCCGCAAGCGUCUGACCUGCCGGCUGUGCAGAAAUCAAGACAUAGAAUAGAUCCAGAUGCUAUUCCCAGCCCAAUCCAGGUAAUAGAGGAUGACAAAGCUAAGAGCAAUGAGCCAUUCAUCACAGGAGUCAGGGGUCAGGCUCCACCCCUCGUCACCACAAACUUCCAGGUCAAAGACCAAGGCAAUGCCAGUCCUCGGUUUGUCCGCUGUACGGCCUACAACGUGCCUUGCACAGCUGACAUGGCAAAACAGUCUCAGGUGCCUCUGGCCGCUGUCAUCAAACCGCUCGCCACGUUGCCUCCAGAUGAGAUUCCUCCAUACCUGGUGGACCAUGGUGAGAGUGGUCCAAUCCGCUGCAAUCGUUGCAAAGCCUACAUGUGUCCCUACAUGCAGUUCAUCGAGGGAGGUCGACGGUUCCAGUGUGGCUUUUGCAGCUGUGUCACAGAGGUGCCUCCACAUUACUUCCAGCAUCUGGACCACACUGGUAAAAGGGUGGACUGCUAUGACAGACCAGAACUUUCACGAGGUAGCUACGAAUUCCAGGCAACUGUUGACUACUGUAAGAACAACAGGCUUCCUCAGCCUCCUGCCUUCAUUUUCCUUAUCGAUGUCUCCUACAAUGCUGUGAAGAGUGGCAUGGUCAGCAUUGUCUGUCACGAACUCAAGACGCUUCUAGAAUGUCUGCCCAGAGAGAACCCAGACACAGACUCUGUGGUGAGAGUCGGUUUUGUCACCUACAACAAGGUUUUGCACUUCUACAAUGUCAAGUCGAGUCUGGCUCAGCCCCAAAUGUUAGUGGUUUCGGACAUAUCUGAUAUGUUUGUGCCCCUGCUAGACGGUUUCCUGGUCAACGUAAACGAGAGCCGGCUCGUUAUUGAGAGUUUGCUGGACCAGAUCCCUGAGUUGUUUGCUGACACAAGGGAGACAGAGACUGUCUAUGGUCCUGUUAUCCAGGCAGGACUGGAGGCACUCAAGGCUGCAGAUUGUGCGGGGAAGCUGUUUGUGUUUCACACCUCUUUACCCAUCGCAGAGGCUCCUGGAAAACUGAAGAACAGAGAGGACAAGAAACUGAUUGGCACAGACAAGGAGAAGUCUCUGUUUCAGCCCCAAGUGAGUUUCUACAACACUCUGGCUAAAGAGUGUGUAGCUCAGGGCUGCUGCGUGGACCUCUUCCUUUUCCCCAACCAGUAUGUGGACAUUGCCACAUUAGGGGUGGUUCCCGUUUCCACCGGGGGUUCAGUCUACAAAUACACGUACUUCCAGGCUCAGUCAGACCGGGAGCGAUUCCUGAAUGACCUCAGGCGAGACAUUCAGAAACAAAUCGGGUUUGACGCAGUCAUGAGGGUGCGCACCAGCACAGGUAUUCGAGCAACAGACUUCUUCGGCUCAUUCUUCAUGAGUAACACUACAGAUGUGGAACUGGCAGGUUUGGAUUGCGACAAAGCUGUCACCGUUGAGUUUAAACAUGACGACAAGCUCAGCGAGGAGACGGGGGCACUCAUUCAGUGUGCGGUGUUGUACACCAGCUGCAGCGGCAAGAGGCGUCUCUGUAUCCACAACAUGGCUGUCAACUGCUGCUCCCAGUUGGCUGACCUUUACCGCAACUGCGAGACUGACACAAUCAUCAACUUCUUCUCCAAAUACGCUUAUCGUGGCAUCCUGAACCACUCUGCAAAAGCAGUGAGAGAUACUCUGGUCAACCAGUGUGCCCAGAUACUGGCCUGCUACCGGAAGAACUGUGCCAGCCCCUCGUCUGCUGGGCAGCUCAUUUUACCAGAGUGCAUGAAGUUGCUGCCAGUCUAUCUCAACUGUGUGCUGAAGAGUGACGUGCUGCUGCCGGGAGGCGAUGUCUCAUUGGACGAUCGAGCUUAUCUGAGGCAGCUGAUCAGCUGCAUGGAUGUUGUAGACACGCACGUCUUCUUCUACCCCCGCCUGCUGCCACUGAUGAAGUUGGAAAAUGAUAUACUGCCAGUGGCAGUUAGGGACUCAGAGGAGAGGCUGUCUAAAGGCGGAGUUUACCUCCUGGAAACGGGGCUCCACCUCUUCCUGUGGGUGGGUGCAAGCGCUCAGCAGGAGCUGCUGCUCAACAUCUUCGGCACGCCGAGCUUCAGCCAGAUUGACCCCAACAUGGCGAGUCUGCCGGUGCUGGACAACCCGUUCUCUCAGCGACUGAGAGAAAUCAUCGACUCACUGCGAGCGCAGCGCUCGCGAUACAUGAAGCUGAUGGUGGUGAAACAGGAAGACAAGGCCGAGCUGAUAUUCAGACAUUUCUUGGUCGAGGACAAGAGCGCUAGCGGCGGAGCGUCGUACGUGGACUUCUUGUGUCACAUGCAUAAGGAGAUCCGCCAACUUCUCAGCUAGACCUCCCCACUGACACUGGCUCACGUUCCACCCCCAUUUUGUGAAAGAAACCUCUCUUUAGUUUUUUUUUUUCUUCUUUUUUCUUUUUUUUUUUUUUUUUUUUUUGAAUACCUGGUAAAGUAAUGCUCUCCUUGCUCCGUGAGCGUCGAACCAGCGACCCGCCAACGGCGCUUGUCUGGUCAAAACAUAUGUGUGAGUGUGAGAGAGAAUCUGCCGCUGAUGGAGCUUCAUUCUGCCUCAAAUCGAGCACGCCAUCAUGGCGGGAGCUCAAUAGGGAGGGAGGGAGGGUCGCGUAUAUAUACCCCGGUGAGCAGCAACAUGUGCGGCACGGCGAGUGAAUGAGGGAUGAUGAUUCUGUUUGCGACACUGAAGGCUGUUUAGACAGCGGAAAUGACCCUGAUAGCAGAAAGUUUUUUUUAUAAAUAUAUAUAUAUAUAUACACACACACGUGAACGACUACAGAAUGAUGUAUGUUUUCAUCUAUAAUUCUGUUUCUUCUCUUUAACAUGGCCUUACCCCCCCCCCCCCCCCCACACACACACACACACGCUGCUCUAACAUCCACUGUGUGUAUUUAUUCCCAUUUACUGCCUGCUGUAAAUUUUUUUUUUUUUUUUUUAUCUUCAUAUACAAGCGUCAACACUUAAGAGCUAAAUUAUUCAGUCUGGAGUCUGCUGACCUUUGACUGGCAGCAAGUGUUAAAGAUAUCUGUUGACAUCAUCAUCUGUUUAUUUCUGUUUCUUUCAAAGCCAACGUCAAGGAUCCAUCAGUGUGUGGAUUCUGUCUAUGCAGUCAAAAGCCAAAAAGAGCUUUAACAAUAAUAAUAAAAAAACAAACCAAGAAUCAUAAUUAACUUCUGCUCCGUACGAUGGCGCUCCACGUGUUCUGCGAUCAGUUUGAGGUCUGUUAUUGUAUUAGAAUCCAUUUCUGACAAAGGUGCACAGAAAGCAAACGGAUGUCUGUCUUAGCUCUUGUUAAGAGGUCGCAGCCCCGACAGUAAUCAGUGUGUAAAUAUAUAAUCUGUACAGAAUCACUAGAAAAUAAUUCCAUUUUAAAGGCCUCCCUGAACAGCUGUGUGUCUGAUGGUUAGUUUGACACAUUUAGCCGAAAUAUAAAACCUGAUUUUAAUGAAGCGAAAUGUUGCCUAGCCUGUUGUUUUUUUCUUCCAUGUGUGUGUGUGGGGGGGGGGUUGGUCCUGAUGAAUUUCUCCUGAGGAACAGAGGGAUCUUCUACCAUGUGCACACACUCCCAUGACAGUAGUUAUUUCUCACUUUUGUUUAGUUUUUGUUUUGUGUGUGUAGCCCUCUGUUCCAGCUUCUGUUCACUGACUUUGACGCUCUGUCUCCACUGUAAUCUUUUUUUUCUUCAUUACCUCUUGGGACUGCUAAUAAAAAUGAUUGUUUAAAGUGAAA